CCUGCCAGGCAGAUGCGGCUGACAUGGCUUCCCUCACACUCCUGGCACUCCUGAUGGCUUCUAGUGCCAAGCCAGCCCCCGCUGAGAUGGGGUGGGAGCCGCAGGCUGCAGUGGGGCUGCCUGGAGUCCUGGACCCCCCCAGCCCCAGUCGGUGCUCAGCGGUGCAGCUGGCGGACCGCCUUCCCUGCAGCUCCCAUCGGCUCAGCCAUGGCCGCUGCUCCCACUUGGGCUGCUGCUUCGACCCCCAGGACAGGGUGAUCCCCUGCUACUACGGCAAGGCAGUGACGGCUCGCUGCACCCCGGAGGGCUCCUUCUCCCUGGCCGUCUCCAGAGACGCCGUUGUGCCGCCCCUGCGCUUGGACUCAUUGCACCUGCUGGGCCCUCGGGGGCGGCCCUGUGGCCCCCUGCUCAGGAACGAAGCAUUUGUCGUGUUCAACUUUCCGCUUUCCGCGUGUGGGACGAUCUUCAAGGAGGCGGGAGGCCAGCAGAUUUACGAGAAUGAGCUCUGGGCAGAGAGAUGGACCCUCCACACCUCUUCAGGCUCCGUCACCCGGGACAGCGGCUUCUUCAGACUGACCAUCCGCUGCAGCUACUCUGCCCAGGAGCCCCUCCCUGUGAGUGUCCUGGUGGCGACCCCUCCUCCUCCGGCUGCCAUCACCCAGCGGGGGGGCCUCGCCAUGGACAUGCGGGUCGCUCGAGACGAGACCUACUCCUCCUUCUACGGGACUCUGGACUUCCCCGUGGCGAAGCUCCUGCGUGACCCCAUUCACCUUGAGGUCCGGCUCCUCGGAAUUAGGGACCCGGCGCUGGUUCUGCUCCUCCACGAAUGUUGGGCCACUCCGGGCACCAGCCCCCGCCGGGCACCUCAGUGGCCCCUUCUGCAGAAUGGGUGCCCCGCCCAAGGAGACAACUACCAGGCCCAGCUGGUGCCCCUCCAGUGGGAUGCGGGGCUGCCCUUCCCCUCCCACCACCAGCGCUUCAUGGUCAGGACCUUCGCCUUUGUGGGCGCGGACUCUCGGCGCAUGCUCAGCGGCCCGAUCUACUUCCACUGCAGCGCUUCCACCUGCGUGCCCUCUGCCCAGGAGCUCUGCGCCACCCGCUGUGAGGCUGGCCUGCAGGGCAGACGUGAGUUGGUUGCUGUGGAGGGUGACCCUCUGCGAGGGUGGGGGGAAGAAGCUGUGGGGACCGCACUGCGGUGCUCAUGCCCCUCCUUUUCUUCCAGGCCGGAGAGAUGCCCAGGAAGGAGCUCCAUCAGAGGCAGGACAGGCGCUGAUGCUUGCUUCCGCUGGGCCAGUGGACUUCUUCAGCCUCCCCGUGCAGGCCUCCCGCCCGGAAGGUUCCGGAGCGCUUGCCCUGGAGGGCUCCCUGCGAUGGGAGGACGGGCUGUGUCUGGCGGCAGGGCUGGUUGUGGCGCUGGGCCUGGGAUUGCUGGUGCUGCUGCUGCUGCUCCGAAGGCAUGGGGGGCAGAUGCCGCAGGGCCGAGAGCCCCCCUACGCCUGAAAGAGAAAUAAACUCGCUCUUGUAAACCCAGUGGCCACGCUGGUUCUUUGGCUGGGAGAGGGGCGAGGGGCUUGGUCUCCGGCCCGUGUCUCUAUGGGCCUUCCCUUCAAGGGAAGCAGAUGCCUCCCGCUGGGUGCCUCUGCAGGAGAGGCUGCUUUGCCCCCGUGCAGAGGCUGCUUGUUCCUCCCUUUCUCUCCCGCACCA